AUGUUCGACUUCCUCGACGUCGAUUGGUGGAGCCUUGCGCUCCCCUUUGCCUACAUCUCGGUCCUGGCCGGCAUGCUCUACACCUUCUCGAAUAUCUACCGCAAGAGGAAAGCCUCGCAACUCGCCAACCUCGAGCCCUGGUUCCCGCCGCACCUGCAGAGACAGGUCUACUCGUCCCUGCUCGAGAUCGCCCACUCGGACGCCGGCGAGAAGAAGACAAAGGUCCCCGACAGCGUCAUCCGCGCCGCCCUGCUGCGUCGCGCCGUCGAGGACAUUGGCCGCAUCAUCCAGGUCCGCCAGGCGAAGCAGGCCCUCAACGUCCUGCUGCAGCGCGGUAGCGUCGGCGAGGACCUCAACCAGCGCUUCCAGCGCGCCGAGAAGGAGAUCGAGGAGGAGCUCCGUGAGGUCGUCAUGGAGGCCAAUGCCCUCGUGCCGGGCUGGGGCAACACCAUCUUCCAGUCGGCAAACGAGAUGGCCGCCAACGCCAUGGUGCGCGAGAGGUUAGACGAGAUCCAGGCCCAGACCGAGACCGAGAAGGAGUGGUGGGAGAAGCGCCGCGAGACCAUCCGCCAGGAUUUUGAGAAGGAGCUGAACGACGAGGGCCAGCCCAAGGUGGACGCCAAGGCGGUCAUCAGCGACGACGACGGUGUCCUGGUCGACUCGGCCACCGCCACGCCCUCCAAGAAGAAGAAGGGCAAGAAAUGA